CAACACUCUAAAUAGUAUCAGACUGAGGGGUUAUAUACUGGAGCUUAAAACAGUUCCAAGCCCGUGCAGGGAGAAGAGGAACCGAAGAGGGGAGUAAGAAAAGUAGAAGACCAAAACAGUGCCUUAUUGCACAGCAGAUCAUAAAAGUAACCAUGUCAAAAGGACCUGCAAUUGGUAUUGACCUUGGGACCACAUAUUCCUGUGUCGGAGUUUUCCAGCAUGGCAAAGUGGAAAUUAUUGCCAAUGACCAAGGGAACCGCACCACUCCCAGCUAUGUUGCUUUCACAGACACAGAACGACUCAUAGGAGAUGCUGCCAAGAAUCAGGUGGCAAUGAACCCAAGCAACACUAUCUUUGAUGCUAAGCGCCUGAUUGGACGUAGAUAUGAUGACCCAACAGUCCAGUCUGACAUGAAACACUGGCCCUUUAAGGUCAUUAAUGAUGGAGGACGUCCAAAGGUAGAGGUGGAGUACAAGGGUGAGAGAAAGACCUUUUUUGCUGAGGAGAUCUCUUCUAUGGUGCUUGUCAAGAUGAAGGAGAUUGCAGAGGCCUACUUAGGAAAGACCAUAACAAAUGCUGUCAUUACUGUUCCUGCUUACUUCAAUGACUCUCAGCGACAGGCUACCAAGGAUGCUGGAACUAUCUCUGGUCUCAAUGUGCUACGAAUCAUCAAUGAACCUACAGCUGCAGCUAUUGCAUACGGGCUAGAUAAAAAAGUUGGAAGUGAGAGAAAUGUCCUGAUUUUUGAUCUUGGAGGUGGCACUUUUGAUGUCUCCAUCUUAACUAUAGAGGAUGGAAUUUUUGAGGUGAAAUCAACAGCAGGCGAUACCCACUUAGGUGGUGAAGACUUUGACAACAGAAUGGUUAAUCACUUCAUUGCAGAAUUCAAACGCAAGUACAAAAAGGAUAUCACCGAUAACAAGAGAGCUGUCAGACGUCUCCGCACUGCAUGUGAGAGAGCAAAGCGCACAUUAUCAUCCAGUACCCAAGCUAGUAUUGAGAUCGACUCUCUUUAUGAAGGUGCUGACUUCUAUACAUCCAUCACACGAGCACGCUUUGAAGAGCUAAAUGCUGAUCUUUUCCGAGGCACACUGGAACCUGUUGAGAAGGCAUUGCGUGAUGCUAAGAUGGACAAAGCGCAGAUCCAUGAUAUUGUGCUGGUGGGUGGCUCCACCCGAAUACCCAAAAUCCAGAAAUUGCUGCAAGACUUUUUCAAUGGAAGAGACCUGAAUAAAAGCAUCAACCCUGAUGAAGCAGUGGCCUAUGGAGCAGCUGUCCAGGCUGCCAUCCUGGGAGGUGAUAAGUCUGAGAAUGUGCAAGACCUACUGCUACUUGACGUCACACCCCUUUCUCUGGGUAUCGAGACAGCUGGAGGAGUCAUGACUGUUCUGAUCAAGCGAAACACCACCAUCCCCACUAAACAGACGCAGACAUUUACCACCUACUCUGAUAACCAGCCCGGAGUCCUUAUCCAGGUGUUUGAAGGGGAGAGAGCCAUGACUAAGGAUAAUAAUCUGCUGGGAAAAUUUGAACUGGUUGGUAUUCCUCCUGCUCCGCGUGGCGUCCCACAAAUUGAGGUAACCUUUGACAUUGACGCUAAUGGCAUCUUAAAUGUCUCAGCAGUGGAUAAGAGCACUGGAAAAGAAAAUAAGAUCACCAUCACAAAUGACAAGGGCCGACUCAGCAAAGAUGACAUUGAGCGGAUGGUACAAGAAGCAGAGCGUUACAAGGCUGAAGAUGAUGUUCAGCGUGAAAAAGUUGCUGCUAAGAACUCCUUGGAGUCACUGGCAUUCAAUAUGAAGUCCACUGUGGAUGAUGAGAAACUGAAGGACAAAAUCACCCCUGAAGAUAAGCAGAAAAUCCUGGAUAAAUGUAAUGAAGUUAUUAGCUGGUUGGACAAGAACCAGAUGGCAGAGAAAGAAGAGUUUGAACACCAGCAGAAGGAGCUAGAAAAGGUCUGCAACCCCAUCAUUAGCAAACUUUACCAAGCAGGUGGUGCUGGAGGUAUGCCUGGUGGAAUGCCAGGUGGGUUCCCAGGUGCAGGUGGACAUGGAGGCCCCUCUGCCUCAUCCUCUGGUCCAACCAUUGAAGAAGUUGAUUAAGUCUGCUAACUUUACCUAAAACACAGCCAUAUGCAAGUCAGCUGCGCAUUAUAGCUAUAAAUCCACUGCCUCAAUAAAGAAGAAAAUAAUUCUAUAAAGAUAAAAAUCUUUUUCUUACCUUUACUAUCUUCUGUAUCUCACUGUACAGCAAAUAAAUGGGCAAUUUGCAAUAAAGACCGGCAUACUUUUGA